CGGCGGGCCCGACUUACAGGCUCCCGGGGCGGUGGCGGCAGGCUCUGAGCCGGCGGAGCGCGGAGCAGGCGACGGAGACGGGCAGCGUGAGCCCGCACCCUCCCGCGCGGCGCGCCGCGGCACCAUGGAGCCCGCCGUGUCGCUGGCCGUGUGCGCUCUGCUCUUUCUGCUCUGGGUGCGAGUGAAGGGGUUGGAGUUCGUUCUCAUCCACCAGCGCUGGGUGUUCGUGUGCCUCUUCCUGCUGCCUCUCUCCCUCAUCUUCGACAUCUACUACUACGUGCGCGCCUGGGUGGUGUUCAAGCUGAGCAGUGCGCCGCGCCUGCACGAGCAGCGCGUGCGGGACAUCCAGAAACAGGUACGGGAAUGGAAGGAACAGGGCAGUAAGACCUUCAUGUGCACGGGGCGUCCAGGCUGGCUCACUGUCUCGCUGCGAGUUGGAAAGUACAAGAAGACCCAUAAGAACAUCAUGAUCAACCUGAUGGACAUUCUGGAGGUGGACACCAAGAAACAGAUUGUGCGGGUGGAGCCCUUGGUGUCUAUGGGUCAGGUGACAGCUUUGCUGAACUCCAUUGGCUGGACCCUGCCUGUGUUGCCUGAGCUCGAUGACCUCACAGUGGGGGGCCUGAUCAUGGGCACAGGCAUCGAGUCAUCGUCCCACAAAUAUGGCCUGUUCCAGCACAUCUGCACUGCCUAUGAGCUAAUCCUGGCUGACGGCAGCUUUGUGUGCUGCACACCGUCUGAAAACUCAGACCUGUUCUAUGCUGUACCCUGGUCCUGUGGGACCCUGGGCUUCCUGGUGGCUGCCGAGAUCCGGAUCAUCCCUGCCAAGAAGUAUGUCAAGCUGCGGUUUGAGCCAGUGCGGGGCCUGGAGGCCAUCUGUGAGAAAUUCACCCACGAAUCCCAGCGGAUGGAGAACCACUUCGUGGAAGGGUUGCUGUACUCCCUAGAUGAAGCUGUCAUCAUGACAGGGGUCAUGACGGAUGACAUAGAGCCCAGCAAGCUGAAUAGCAUUGGCAGUUACUACAAGCCCUGGUUCUUCAAGCACGUGGAGAACUACCUGAAGACCAACCGCGAGGGCCUUGAAUACAUCCCCCUGAGGCACUACUACCACCGACACACGCGCAGCAUCUUCUGGGAGCUCCAGGACAUCAUCCCUUUUGGCAACAACCCCAUCUUCCGCUAUCUCUUUGGCUGGAUGGUGCCUCCCAAGAUAUCCCUCCUGAAGCUGACCCAGGGCGAGACUCUGCGAAAGCUGUAUGAACAGCACCAUGUGGUCCAGGACAUGCUGGUGCCCAUGAAGUGCAUGUCGCAGGCCCUGCAUACCUUCCAAAAUGACAUCCAUGUCUACCCCAUCUGGCUGUGCCCAUUCAUCCUGCCCAGCCAGCCAGGACUUGUGCAUCCCAAGGGAGAUGAGGCUGAGCUCUACGUGGACAUUGGGGCAUACGGGGAGCCUCGAGUGAAGCACUUCGAGGCCAGGUCCUGCAUGAGGCAGCUGGAGAAGUUUGUGCGGAGUGUGCACGGGUUCCAGAUGUUAUACGCCGAUUGCUAUAUGAACAGAGAGGAAUUCUGGGAGAUGUUCGAUGGCUCCUUGUACCACAAGCUGCGCAAGCAGCUCGGCUGCCAGGAUGCCUUCCCCGAGGUGUAUGACAAGAUCUGCAAGGCUGCGAGGCACUGAGCAGGGCGCCUGGGGAGCCAGAUGCAUGGGAAUGGACUUGCUCUCCCUCGCUCGCUUGCUCCAGCUUCUCUGCUUUCCCAGAUUUCAGAAAGAAACCCCUCCAAAUCCCCAAAGCAGCCCGAUGGCCUCCAGGGCAGCUCGGGCAAGUGGAAGCACUCGGGAUUUGAAGUCAGACAGACCUAAGUCCCAGGCCCAGAUUAGCCACUCAUUAGCUGUGUGACUGACUCUGGGCUAGUCACCCGGCCCCUGUGUGCCCCGUGUUCAUCUGUGAAAGGAGGUAAAAAUACCUACCUUGCUGGAUGUCACCCGCACAAAGGGCCCGUCGUGUGGGAGGGGCUUCGUGAGUGGCAGCCAACACCACUGCUUCCAUGCAACCUCACACCUGGCUUGUGCUUUAGAUUCAACAGCUGAGUCCAGACAGGCUCCCCACAGGUCGUCUGUACAUGGGUUUGGCAGACACCAUGAAGGGGAUGCCUUGGAGUUUCACCUGCAUAGCCUGCAUCAGCCCCAAGAGGGCAAAGGAGGGCCGGCCUUCCACUUGGCCGGGGGGGGGGGGGGGGGGGGGGGGGGCAGGGAGGCAUCUGAUUGGCAGGCAGGCCCAGGAUGUGCUGUGCCAAAGUCAGGUCUACUCCAAAGUCCUCUCUGCCAUCUUCAGACCGUCCUGCCCCUCCUUCUGUGUGCUCAGGCCACCCCAGCCAUCACUGAGCCCACUCAGGACUGCUCCUGGAAGACAUCUCAAGAUGUCUUCCUGGGCUUUUCUUUCUUGACUCCCACCAUCCAGGCCUCCUCUAGAGUCCACUGAGUCACAAUGGGGGCACAUGCUCAUGACUGUGUCACACAGGGGCGGUUCCCACACUGAGUGAGAAAGGGGCAUCUGCCCUGUUGCUACUGUGAGGACCUUCCCUGGGAUUGGAAAGAAAGCAUCCAGGGUCACUCAUCCCCCCUCCUCCCCCAUUUUGUUCCCCCUCCCUCGGCUCUAGUUAAUUUCAGUGCCUUACAAAUCCUAAGCUCAGAGAAAGUUAGCUCCAUUUCCGUUCCCAAGGGAGGGGCCUCCAAGGUCCUUCUGCCUUGUUAAGGAAGCGUGGUUGGUUGUACAGCCCCCACCUUCAGAACUGCCUGGCCCAGCUGAAAACCCAGAGUCUGAGGGGGAAUCGGGUUCUAGAAGGAAAACCAGAACUCAAGAGCAGAACUGGUCAUAGUCUUCCCCUACCCUGCCACCCCUAACCCCCAAAAGCUGCAGUUUUCUCACCCAUCACAUCGGAACAUAAGAGCUCCUGAAGCCUUUCUGUCUUAAGACAAUACUACGUUGGGAAAGCCUUGUGUUAGAAGUUGGGGGAGCAUAAUGAUCCAGGUGGUGAUUAGGGACUAUCCAUCAGUGGUUUUUCUCUCCACCACCAGGCCAGCUCCCGGGUCAUUUCCAUCCAUUUGGCAGGGGCCACGACCCUUAGAGUCAUUUUAACUGAAGGAUGCUCACUGAUGCUGCUGAGGGCUUGGGAUACUGCACAGCACUACUGUGUCCUGUGAAGGCUGGUGCACUCAAGGCAGUGGGAAGGCAGAAUCACCUCAUCCAUUUGGUCUGUGAAGAUAAUAACCUCACUUAGCCUUCUGAGCAUUCCUGGCAUGGGCUCUCCUAGUAGUCCGUGUACAUCCUUGCGCUCACUCGCAGACUGAUGACCCUGCUUGCUGCAGAUGAAUGGUCAAUGCGAGCUAGGUUAGUUAGUGUGAUGUUUAAGGCGCCAUCAUUCCUCCAGUCAAGCCUCCAUCCCAAAGCCACUGGGGCUGUGGCAGUGAUGCCAGCAACCUGUGUCACCCAAAAGAAUCAAAAUCCAGCCCUCUACAGACACCCUCUGGGACCUGGGGAGGGAAGGGAUUUUGAGUCACGUUAGCCUCAGGUUAGUGUUUGGCUCCAGUAAUAUCUUGCCCAAAAAGUGGUCGUCUUCCAAGCAUGGUGUUUGGGGUCCCAGCCUUUGUCUUACAGCCUGUCCUGUCAAUGUCCAACCACAAAGUGGCUUGGAGGAGUCACUUUACUGCUAUGGGACAGGACAGCGCAGGUGGGAAGUCAACACAAGCCUCUCCCCUCCAUGGUUCUGGUUUCUUGGCUGCAUGGUUUCCUGUAAAAUCAGUUGUAGCCACUGUCUUUGGCUAGAAAGCUGAAUUGGCUGUUACUGAAAGGGAAGAUGGGGAUGGGUGUGGCAGUGUGUGCUGUGUGGUUUUUUUGUUGUGUUUUUUUUUUUUUUUUUAAUUUGGUCAUGGGGACAAAGGAGAAGGCAUGCAUCCCUCUUAUCCAGACUCUUGCAGCCUCUGGCACUGUGCCUACUCUCCAGAUCACGUCCCUGUGGCUCUGGGGCCACCACUUGUGUAAAAUAAAGUACGGCCUGGACACUA